CGAGGUUUGGCAGUCAGUGGUCUUACCGAAACUGUGACAGUGGCCUAGCUUCUGUCAUUCUUUACAAAACCAGUGCCUUGACAAGCAUAAUGCUUCAUUUCCCCCCAUGCAGAUUGGGCGGUUUUCGGACCUAAGACUAAGUCCUCACUGAACCACGAAACUCCGUUUACAGGUUCAGUUUGCUUGAAUUCAGUGAAUUGUAAAGUUUGGAAGCCAGUUUUUCAAGGACCUUCUUUCGUCUUACCUUCUUUACCAUGAAGCCCCUGCUCACCUUGCAGGAAUGUUCGCAAGUGUUCGAAAAAGCAUACUUACACGGCGCUGCGUUUGCUGUCGCCGCCUUCUUCUUGGGAGCAUGGGGAUUCUCAAUUUUGGUUCUUCUUCUCCUGCUGGCAGUCCUGUUUCUGGCUUUGGGAACCAUGCACAAUAGGCUGGAGCGGGUGGAGAAAACCAAGGAAACUACCUCCAAAGAUGAGUCCAAGUCUGUGAUGCCCAGAGAUGGAGAAACAACAGAAUGGCUGUCGCACACGCUGGUGCGGAUAUGGACAUCGUACCGCGCAUCCAUGGAGCAGCAGAUUUCUCAGCAGCUGCAGCAUUUCCUCGACUACAAUAAGCCAACGUGGGUAGAUUCGUUCACGACACAAGGGUUGGAGCUGGGACCGUUAGCGCCGGAGAUCAACCAUGUGUGGGUGCUGUCACCGCGCAAGUCUGGAAAUCUGGAGAUGGAUCUCCUGAUCGAUGUAUCCUUUCUCCUGCCAGGUCUACAGUGGGACAUGACAGCAACACUUCAUCCGGUUAAAGUCAAUGUGCCCUUACAGGUACGAGAUCUCAUCCUGAAGGGCAAGAUGCUGAUGAAGUUCCGCUUCCAGGCAAAAAUUCCUUACGUAGAGAAGAUGUGGAUAUCCUUCGCCGGUCAGCCAGACUUUCAUUUCUCGUCCAAGGUGCUCAACCUUCUACAAAUGAAUGACGUUCCUGUUUUGAGGACGUUUCUUGACAAUCUUAUCCGAGACAGCUUGAAGCUCAACAUGGUGCAUCCACAGCGCUGGUUGAUUGACAUGAACAGCAUCUGGCAUGGAGAUGAACCAGAGGAGACGGAAGUGGAGGGUCCUAUUGGAAUACUGGUGGCUCACUUCCCGACAACGCAGGGUUCCAUCAUGCAAGACUCAACGGGAAGUCUCAAGUCUUCGCCAACAGCAAGCUCGUUCCGCUCCUUGCCUGUUCAUCAACGCCCUAUAGACAUGGACGAGGACUCACCGUUUGAGGUGGUGGAGGACGAGGACGUGGAGAUCCCACUGGCGGGUAUGUCGGUAGCGGCGGCGGCCACCGUGCAGACCCCACUGGUGCAGUCUGUACACCGCGCCGACAUGAGACUAACAUGCUGGCUGGCACCAUUCACCGGCGACGGACGGCGCACUCUGCUCAUUCGAUCUCUCUCAGAGAAAGUUCAGCUCAUCCUAAAGGCAAAUACUGAUGAUGGACGUGAGAUCUGGUCAACAGCAAAGUCGGUCCAAACAGAGAACCUGAUGAGUCAACCGACUCGUCUGGUCUUCAAUGUCAAGGGUCGUAGCCUUGCUGUUGAGGUAAAGCUGUACCUGCUACGCUCACCAUCUGUCGGCCAUACGGCUACGUCGUUUGACAUUCCAAACAUUCCCGCAGCUACCAUGGCAACAUCCAGUGACAGUAUUACUACGUCCGUUUCAACAACGUCAGCCCCAUCGGGGUCCGAAUCGUCCACUAAAGUCAACUCAAUCACAACUAGUGAAACAGACCUGCGUAACUUUCGCAAGAAGAUCGAUGACAAGAUGUCUAACAUGGUUGGGAACACUUUACGUUCGCUAGUGCGGUCACGCGAUAAGGUUUCUGCUCUCGAGUCGUUUGUGAUACGUGCCACUCAGAUCUUGAAGAGCAUAUCUAUCCCGGCCAAGGUAUUCAACAAAGCGCGUGGUAUUGUGGUGAUGUCGAUGCACAAAGUCGGAUUGGUGCUGGGCGUACGUUCUGGUGCAGGUAUCCUAACGGUUCGUGACGAAGACGGCUGGUCAGCACCGACGGGUCUGUGGAUUGGUGGCAUGUCCGCUGGCCUAGAAGGUGGCACACAGAGUGUGGACAUCAUUGUUGUCAUCAACAAUGACGAGGGCAUGGAGGCGUUCACCAAGCGUGUGCUAGUGCUGGGAAUGGACGUGAACCUCCUACCCGGUCCGGUCAGUGACGAGGAUGCUGUUGGCAGUCAGUAUGCACCUCUCUUCUGGUACACGUUCAACAAGGGCCUAAGCAUGAGCUUGUCGCUAAGAGGCACGUUCAUCACGGAGCACAUAAUGCUCAAUCGUCGUUUCUACGGCCGCAAUGUCCGCGCUGCCGAGAUUCUGCAGAGCAGACCGCUGCGUGAUCUUAGUGAAGUUCAACAGCUGCAUGCAACACUGCAGGAUAUUGACAGCAUUACCAGCGCUGAUGUGAAAGCCGCACCGCAGAGAUUCCUCGACUUGUCAUCCUAUUCUGGUAGCAACUCCGAGGACUGUGCUGAGCUUGGUGGUGUGGUCUUCCUCACUGUGCAGACUGUCACUGAUGUGAUUCUAGCCGAUGAUAUAGAGUUGUCGUGUCUUGUCCAUCGCGAUGCUCGUCUAGUGGCACAGUGUCGUCUUGAUCGCCAGGGUGCUGGAGAGUGGACGGUGGACAACGCAGCAGUUGCACGUCUGCAGAUGAUUGUGCACAACACAACAUGCUGUAUACUCCAACUUACUGUGGUUAAAGAGACCGAUGGUACUCGCCAGGUUGUGGGCAGCACAGCCAUGGAUGUCUACACUUGCCUGAACAGCGUUGAGAGUUCUGAUGGGAAGAUCGUGCUGCAGCUUGGCCCGUCCCUAUCCCAUGAGGAUCAACACACUCCUCUGAAGCGAGACAUGGACAUUGGCAACAGCAGUGGUGACGAGGAGGACAUGGCCAGCAGUGGCCCGCCCAGCGGCCCAUCCAGUGUACAGCGGCCUCUAGCCAAUACGAAGUCGGUGAGUAUGCAUGAGCCGUGCCAUCGCACCGACAGCACCGGCUCAAGUCCACGACUCGGCGGCCAUGUGAUGCGCACAUCCAAGGUGGCCAGUGACACGGACGCAUGCGCCAACCACACGGCCCAUACGGCCGAGUGGUUUUACUGCUUCGUGCAUCAAAACGCCCUGUGUCGGGAUUUCAAGCAUCACUUGCGUACGUUUCAGAACUGCUUUAUGGUCAGAGAGCUCAUUGAUCAGUUGACUACGCACCGACACUUCGAGGACAGACAAUCUGCAGUGGCUUUCCUGCAGACAAUGUUGCCGUCAACGACUGACGAAGGCGUUAUUCACCCAGUUGGCGGAGAGAGUACAAGUUUAGAUGACAAGAAGACCACUCUUCGUUUCUAUGCCGACGAGAUGACCGGCACUGGAAAGAGCAUGAAAGAUCGUAAGUACAACAUCCCAGGCUUCUCCCAUGACGAAUCAACCACUGUCCAUUGGCAGAAGUGGGUCAGUCGGCGUGAUGGUGGAGGUGAUUUGGACGUGAACCCCAUGGAUAGUAAGUCCGACAAGCUUAUCAAGCGUAGCUUUGAAGCAGCCAAAGAAAUCAUCAUGCGUAACAAGAAGAAGGAUGGUGACAUUAUGCUGCCACAGGUGCAUUGUACCAUCUCCUUCCGACGAGCUGAAGGUUUAGCAUUGGACUUGGAUGAGGAAAACUCAACAUUUGAUGACUUCUUCCCCUACCAUGAGGUUGAGGAUGAAGAAGAGGAUCUUCCUUUCUUGCAGCACAGGGGUGUAGGAGUGAGAAUAUCAAACCCGGCUCCUGGAGUCAGAGAUAACAACGCAGCUCCAGCAGCAGCCCAUGCUAAUAUGCCUAUGAUCAGCCAGCUGAUGGCCGACUCGCUCAUACAACAGCAGCCGCCAUCCAUGACGCAAGACCAAGUCAUCUCUCUCACUGUCAUGAUCAAACAGGGUAGAAACCUGAAACCGAAAGGAGGUAUGUGUGAUGCCUACAUCAAGGUGCGCGUUGAGAACGAGAAGGUGUAUCGCACCAAGACAAUCAAGAAGUCUGCAACGCCGGUGUGGGACGAGGAGUUCAAAGUGAAGAUGAUCAGUCGCCUGAACGGCAGUCUUGACUUUCAGGUGAAGGACUGGAACCCGAUUAGCGACGACACGGCACUGGGAUCGGCUACACUUUAUCUGGAUUCCUACUUUGGUCAACAGGACAUCAAGGGUCUCAUGUCUAAAACCGUACACCUGCCUCUGCAGCAGCUGCCUUCCAAGAAGCCCGGCCAAGGACAGUUGACGUUACGACUGACUGCACAGCCGGGCAUCCGGUGACUGUGACACGCUGUGAGUACAAUCACACACACAGCGACAACACAUACACACCACUCUACUUGCAGAGCCGAGCUUGCAGAGCCAAGCUUGCAGCACCAAGCUUGCAGUGGAAGCUCCCACUACUGACGUCCAACGGCUGCAAGGUGAGUGUACCACACACAGCACAACCAGAGGCAGGCUCUGGCCCAGGCUCAACUGAAGUCUGGUAAUAGCUAUUGUUGCUAUGUCUGUCUUUAGACCAGUGCGCGGCGAUGCAGUAUCUCACGUGGCUGUGCGCGCUUUAGCCAUGCGCUGGAUGAGUAACGUUUGCGCUGCUAGAUAGCCUGUGCUGGAAGCAGAAAGGACGGACGGGGCUAACAAGUGCUUCAGUUGUGCACCAUCACCAGCGUCGAUGCCGACCGGAAGCGUGCAACACUCCAUUCCGCAGAACACUCUGGCGGGCAUCUCAGCUAUGGCGGCAACCUCUGUAUGCGCAGAUUUGAAGCACAGUUGCCUCCGUACGCCGUCCUAGCUAUCUUUACACGCAUUUUUGAAGAUCACCGCGCCACCUCAAGGUUCCAUGCUCAUGACAUUCUGCUGAUGACCAUAGCUGGACUCACAGUAAUUGCCUAUCAUUCCAUAUUUAUAUUUUAUUUUUUUAGCUCUGAAACGUCAUAUAUGUGCCAAGCACUACCUGGCUGGCAUGCUUCUAAAUCUUUCAGAAUAUUUAUUAUUUACGGUGCGCUCAUGCUCAGUGCCUGUAAAACCCACACAAAAUAUCCGCACGCAACUCAUACAUUCACGAAACACACACCGACAGCGUCAGGAGUCAAUGCUGAGGAUCAUAAUAAUUUGAAAAUUCCUUUUCCAGGCGCUCAAAUUUUUGUCUUUUUAUUGAAUUUUAUUCCCACUUGAUACCAGCUAGCUGCAUAUGUGGCCAGUGCCGGGCCGUUGUAACCAUGGUGACUAUGAUAACAUGCGUAAUGCCUGUUUAUUAGUCUGGAAUUAGUUUAUCUUGCGCUGCACAGCUCCCCAGUCUUGGAUGGAUCUGAGGCUGAG